AGUCCCAUGAACCCUGUACUUCGCUUCGCUGUGAUCCGUCAUUGUUGUUCUGCGAAAUCAAUGUGCUCUUGAUACAUACUUAGCAUUAAUUUUUAUUUCAGUUAUUUGUUUUUUACUGCAGAAGUGUGUUUACCUUUCAUGUAAUAACAGGAAUGUGUUAUUUGCAUUGAAGUUGAAAUAUUCUUUUAAUUGAUCUUAAGUAACUUUUCUCACUUUCCAUUUCCGAUUACAACGAGGUGAUCAAUUGUUUGGCAUUCUCGGUUUGAGAAUGUCCUCUUACGGCGGGGGAAAUGGGUAUUAUUAUGGAAAUCAUUACCUAGAGAUGUGUUAUAACCCACAAACUUUGAAUGUGGUAAAUGUUACAAACAAUCCUGUUAUAAUAAAAUGCCAUGGCGAAAGUCAAGUACUGAACACCUCUAGUGCUCCUAUAAUAAAACGUGAAGAAAAUAAUGAGAUUUCAAAAGUAACUGACCCACCUAUAACUAAGCAAGAAGAAAAUACACCUUUGAACAUAAUUAAUACAUCUGACACUAAGCAAGAAGAUGAAGAGGUCAAUAUUAAUGAACAAGGUGAUCCUAAUGAUAAUAGCCCAGAAGUGGACAUUAUGAUAAAUAAUGUAGUUUCUAGCUUUAAUGUUCGAUGCCAUUUAAAUCUUCGGCAAAUAGCUCUAAAUGGAUCCAAUGUAGAAUACAGACGAGAAAAUGGGAUGGUUACUAUGAAGCUUAGGAAGCCUUACACCACUGCUAGUAUAUGGUCCUCGGGCAAGGUUACAUGUACAGGAGCCACUAGUGAUGAAGAUGCAAAAACAGCUUCUAGAAAAAUUGCUAGGAAACUACAACAAUUGGGAUUUAGAGUGAGAUUCUGUAAUUAUCGUGUUGUGAACGUGUUGUGUACUUGUAUCAUGUAUUUUGGUAUAAAUCUCAUCAAGUUUGCUGAGAAACACAGAGGCCUUGUUUGUUAUGAACCUGAGUUGCAUCCAGGAGCAACAUAUAGAAUAAAAGAGCUUAAAGCAACUUUAAAAAUAUUUACUACUGGAAGUAUAACUGUGACUGCACCCAGUGUCAAAAAUGCACAGUUGGCAAUUGAACAUAUCUUUCCAUUGGUGGAAGAAUUCAAAACUGCUAAACCACCAUCUAAAAUCAAAGUAGAACAACCACUGUUUACUGCUAACAGAGAAAUUUUAGGCAAGAGGAAGCACGAGGAGGUGGAUGAGGAGGAGGAGCUUUCUGAUGAUGAAAAUGUUGAUAGUAUACCAGAAUUGCCGGAUAGUGACGACAGCUGGGAUGAUUAACUCUACUUUAGUUAUUCAAGACAAGUCUGGUCACAAGUGAUUAUUUGUAAAGACUUUCAGAGAAAAAAAAAUCUAGACAUUUUCUUAUAUUUGAUUUUGUUCCAGUAGACAAAAAGGAUGUGUAUUUCUGGGCUAAUUUCCUUGCUUUUUAUGGAAUGAGUAUUGCAGGAAGAAUUGGAAAAAAUCCAUAUUGUCUUGUGACAUGAACAAGAAUCCAAACUUUCUCUGUGAUUAGAAUAGCAUUUGUGUUUUUUUGUGGUGACAUUUCAAAUUAAUUUAAUUCUCUCUCUUUUUCGUAGUGUCUACCAUUUGUAAUAUAAGUUCCCUCUAUACACAAGUAACAUAUAAGAGACUUGUAACACGUCAUGCCAUUGACAUAUACGAAUGAAGAAUUUCUCUUUUAGUCUUAUUGUAGAUGAUCUGUAUGUUUUUUUUUUUUUUUUUUCAAUGCACUUCAAAAUCAUUUUUAAAAAAUGGGAAAAAAUGUUUUGAAGUUUCUGUGAAAAACAUGGAAAGAAAAUACCUCAUUAAAGCUGCUUUUUCCUAAUUUUCACACAUUACUUCAUUAUUUGUAUGAAUUGUAGAAGUUUUCUUUCUGCUUAAUAAAUUGUAAUCCUGUACAUGUGUUUCUACUUUAAUUUUUACGUAAAUACACUGCCACCUGUUCAUAGUAAUUGGUAGUCAUAUAAAUGAAAUGUUGUGGAUACAAAUGAUUAAAAUCAGUAUACUGAUUUUAAAAUUUUGCAUUGGUACUUUUUUUUAUAACAUUAUUGCUUAAAAAUAUGCUGUGUAAUCAUUUGUGUUUGUACCUGAUAUACAUCUGUGAUUAUAUCCAUUUAAUUAUUUCCUUUAAAAGUAACUACCUAUUAUAAUAAGACAGGUUGAAUAUGUAACACUUUCAAACUAUUAAAAUGGAAACUUUUUUUUUUUUUUUUCUUUUUCAUUUUACCAAAUUUUAACAAUAUUGAUAUAACUUAUUGGUGGAACACAUGUCCUAUGAGCUACCUUUUUUAUGUGAAAUAAACCCUUCCAUUUGUUCAAAAGUAGCCAUGUUAAUGUUAUUUAUUACCACCUCAGAUGUCUAGUCUACAUGAAACCAUCCUGAAGUUUGUCUGUGCCACUGUUUUAAUGAUGAACAUUGUUCCAUGCAUUUAUUUGCAUUAAAUAUUAAUGCUGCCAAAUUAUUUAUGAAUUUAUUAGGAUAAAAAUGAGGCAACUUUUUUUCUUGUAGAAGGUUUUAUUUAUGUAUAAUUUAAAACCUUGAGUUUGAAUAAUACUAUCUGUAAUAGUUUCCAUCAUGUUUUUUUAUAAUUAUUAUUAUUUUCUUUGUAUGUUUCUAAAUUAUUAUAGUAAAUAUACUGUUAUGGCACUGGUCUGUCCAUAAAAGAUUUUUAAAUGUGUGAUUUAGUGUUUCAUAAUAAAAAGGAUAUAUGUAAUAUUUAUAUUAAACAUAGUCUAGUAGUCUUGUCUGUAAUAAUGUCACAAGUUUAAAAGUGUUUACAGAAAAUAUUGUUCUCAAUCAAGUACUGUCAUCUUGUUAUUAUAAACAAAUCAGUGUUUUAUUUUGUAAGUUAACAUGCAAUUAAUAUAAUUUAUGUAGUAAAGUGUUGUAAGAAUUUUAGUUUCAAUAUAGGAUUGUAAAGUAAUGAAUAGCAUAUUGUAAGGCGUGAAAAGAAAAAUGUUGCAUUCUUCUUAUGAAUAUCAGUAUAAUAAUGUAAUUAAGUGGGAUCUUCAUAAAAAGGCUGGUUAAUUGUGUUAAAUGUUUUCAUGAAAAUUUUGUAGUGCAGAAUUCCAAUCAGUUAUUACUUUUUAGUUUAUCUGUUAGUAUUUUUUAUUUUCUAUUGUUUGUAAAACUUGAAUGUUUAAUUAAGGAACCUAAAUUGAAAGCCCUAAGAGUUAUCACUGUAUUUAUGCAUAUCACAACCUUUGAUUCUCUAUUCAAAUCAAACUUUUCUGAAUAUAUUGAUUUGAACCUUAUUUUAUUGAUUUAAUAAGUUAAAUGUUUUAUUUAAAUAACCAGUAGUUGAAUACAUAUGAUAGAUAAAUGAAUAAAUUUCAUAUCAAAAUUGUUGAAAAUAAUUCAAGUUUGGCAUAUCUCUGAAACCUAUUAGAGUAUGUAUUUAUCCAGUUUUACAAAAUUUUUGAUUUAAACAAUUUUUUGUGAGUCGCAUUCUAAAGGAUAUACUUUCAGGACUGAAGAUAAGAAAAAGAAUAGUGUGGAAUUUAUGUAUAUACCAUAAUCCUGCGCACACAAUUAAGUCUAUUCUAUCUAAUGAAAAUUUAUAAUUUUGUUUGCUAUUUGGAUUGAUUAUGCAAAAAUGAAGAUUUUAUUAUUAAUAUUUUUUAAUUACAUCAAUUUGCUAAUAAAAAUUAAAAAAGUUAUCAGCUUAUUUAAAAUGAUUUUACCUAUUUACAUUUUUUAAAAUGAUUUAAAUUUUGUAUCAAAUAAAAAGAUGUAAUUGAAUUUAAAUUUAUAAUAUAGUAACAUCUAACAAUAACCACCUUCCAUUUAAAUGCUUGAUAAAAAAAAAAAUAUGUAUGCUGUAUCACUUUUUUUUAUAAAUUUAAUUUUGAUUGAUUAAAGCAUUGCUGUUUUUAAAUGUAAAUUUGUAACUCAAUAUUCCUAUUCUUUUAAAUAAAAAUCACAUUGUGUCUUAAUAAUUCUUGCAUAUGACAAUCAAUAGUGUCUUACAUUGUUUUUCUUAUUUUAAUUAGUUCAGUAAUUGAAACUAUUAAAAUCUCUUCCUAAAUUUCUUAUAAAAAAAUUCAUCAGACACUUCUUUCAUGGAGCUCUACUUGUUUAUAGACAUUCACUUUUUUAAUUAUUAUUAUUGCUAAAGAUAUACUUUUUUUGUUUGCAAUGUGACUUGGUCUAACAUAUUUAAAAUUUUGUUACAGAAGUUUAUCCACAUUGUGUUUAAAUUUGCAAAUUAUAAUAUUUGAAUCUCAUUUCAGAAAAUUACAUGUUUCAAACGAUGUGAAAAACUCCCCCCCCCCCAGUUCAGUAAGUUUCACACUAGCAAUAACAUAUCAACCUAUUUUUUCUGUGAAAGAUUUUCAUAGAAAACACAAAUUUAUAUUUCAGUGCAUUUCUGGCACAGCUUUUUUAAAUUUUGAUCCCUUUUUUUGCUAUCAAGAUUGUAAAUAUUUGUUUCUGCUUAUAAAAAAAAUUUGAUAAGUGAACCUUUUAAUGAAUGCUCUUAAUUUAAAGCAGUAAAUGAUAUUUGAUAUUCUAUAAGAGAGAUUCGAAAUAAGAAUUCAUCUUUUCUGAUUAGUUGAAAUGUUGUAUGAAAGUUUGCAAUAUAAUAUUUGUACUUCAUUAUUAUUUUUUUCUUUUUAUUUUUAAAACCAUUAAACAAUUUGUAUGUUCUACCUUGUCGCAGUAAUUAUAUUCGAAGUAAUUUUUGUAUGUAAUUAGUUUUUGUUCAUUAUUAAAAUUCAACUUAUUGAAAUGUAUUAUUCUUAAAGCUUAUUUUAAUGCAGUUCACAUAUUAAAGAACAAUAAUUUGCUUACUAUAUGUUUAAUUGAAAUUCAUAAUUUUACUCUUAUUGCUCAAUUAUAUAAAGAUGUUGACUUUUAAUUUUGAAUAUCUACUUAGUUUUUCAUGCUUAUUCUGAUUUGGAUCAAAUCAUAAUUUAAGCAAACAUUAUUAUUGUGCUGACUGGGUAAUUAAAACCAUAUUUAAAGUUUUUUCAUAAACAUUUUUUUAAAACUCCUUUCUGUAUCAAAAGUAAUAAUAUUUCCUUAUGGUUAUGUUAUUGCGUAUCCAUUUAAGUGGAGAAAAAUGCAAAUUCUUAGUCAAAAUAUUUCUUCUGUCUUUUAAAUUUCUUUUUAAUUUCAAAGAACGUUUAGGGUCAUACAUUUAAGGAAUAUGUUGGUUUCAAUUUGAAGUAAAAUGUUAAUAUCUUGGAAAUGAAUAUACAAUGUAAAAUUAUCCAAAAUUUGUAUCUGUACACAAGAAAAAGUCUUAUAGAGCUAUUGCAUAUCUAAUUGUUAAUAAGAAUAUGAAUCUGAAAUAUACUGAAAGCUAAACUGUUGGAUGAAUCAUUGCGUUUGUCUACUAUUGAUCGAAUCUGUGCUUUUAAAGAGGAGUGCACAGAUAAGAUUUUAUAAUCUUGUUAAUAUACUCAAACUUUAAAAAUGAAACAUUAAGGCUUAAAAAGAUUCAUUAUUUAUUUAAAAAUAAUUCAUACAUUGUUUUUACUUUUUGAAUUCCAGCAAAUUUUUCUUUAAUGCCUACCAAUUGUUCUUUUUUUUGUGUGUUAUUGAUUAAGAACCAUUCUUUCAUAAAUGAAAAACGAAUUGUUCUUGCUGAAUACAGUAUGCAGGUGCUUCAUAAAAGUUUGGUUUGUUAUCCUCCAUGGUCAUUAAAUAAUUGUAUUCACAGCAAUGUAUUUUCUUCAUCUGCUGUUCUCAUUCUUGUAAUGAUCACAUCUGUGUUACUUAAUGUUAUCAUAAUUAUUGAUAUUGAAUAUUCUACAGAUUGAUUUUAUAUGAUUUUGUGCAUUUUAAUAUGUGGAUAGAACUCGGAUUAUACUAGUUUUUAUCCAUGAUUUUGUUUGUGGUACUUAGCGUUAUUUAAGAUGUUGUGAUUUUAUAAGUACCACGUGAUUCAGAUGUUUUAAUUAUGAUCCUAAACUUUUCUUAUAUGGGUAUUUGUAGCAUGCAGAACUGAUAAGGAGUGCUUGCGAACUGUGUUGGUUUCUUAGUUUGAAAUGUUAUUUUUUAAAAAAAAUUUCUUCAUUUGAAAUGUAUUAUUUGUGAAAAGACAAUAUUUAUAACACUUUUUUUUGUCUCAGUUGAAGGUUUUGUAUCUUUUUUGGUUGUUUGGAACUUCUCUGUAUUGUAAUUUCCAGAAUGUGACUUGGUAGGUGUUGAAUUGCUUAAGAUCUUAAAUUUGUUUUAUCGAUUUGUUUGCUAUGUUACAAUGUCUGCAUACUGUAAUGAUUACUCACACCAAGUUAGUGUACAAUUUCUAAAUAUUUUGGUGAACGUGUUGCGAUGUUUUUGUAAUGUGCUUCUGUUAUGACAACUUCUUUCUGUUAGCAAUAAAAUAGAAUUAAAUUAU